AUCAUGUCGCCUUUCCAACUCAUAAUCACAGAAAAUCUUGUAUGCCCGAAUGCCAAGAAACCUAAUUCUUGAACCCAAACCCCUCUAAAACCCUAAAACCGCAUUCAAAUUUCAAGAUACAACACAAAACCAAUUUCUUCUCUUGAACCCUUAAAUGGCUUUCUGGGUUACCUUGCAGCAAUUUGUUUAUUUUCACUCUAUUGAUCGUGGAGUUUAUGCUCGAUUGGUGAUUGAGCUAGGCUUGGAUUCUAACCAAGCCAAGAAAAUUGUUGCCUUUUGGUAUUGGCUUGAAAGAGAAGGCUACAAUGACUUCAUAAAGAAUAUGCUACCGUUGCCUAAUUUAUUGCUUAAAGCUUUUGCCAUGGAGGCAAUGACGUGCUUAGAUUGUUUGAACAAAGAAUGGUCUCCUAAAGGUUUUGUUGAUUUUGAUAGAAAUAUCCCAUUGAUGCGUUGCCUUGUUAGCCAAGAUUUCUCUCUUGGAGAAGUAUACGCUAAUAGAGAAAGAGCUGUACUAAGAAUAGAAAGAUUUUUGAAGGAUACUUGUGGGGUAUUUGCUGAUAUAUUCCCAACAAAUUUCGUUAAUGGGUUUCAAGUUCAACCUACGAUGACUCAUGGAGAAGAAUCUCAAGUACCCAAAAAUCCUCACUGUAAAGUAAAUGGAUGCCAUUCACAGAUGGUAGCUGGCCAAGAAGACACAGUGACUAGUGUUUGCCAUAAUGAUCGAACUUUGUUUGUUACCUUCUCUAAAGGCCAUCCCACCUCAAAAACAGAACUUAGAGAUCUAAUGACAAGGAAAUUUGGUAAUUGUGUAGAAGCUAUCCAUAUGAGAAUUCAACCACAGCCACUGUUUGCUCGUGUAGUCCUUAAGUCUGUCUCAGCAAUGGAAAAAAUUCUAGGGGGGAAGGAUAUAUUGAAAUUCAGAGUUAAUGGCAAAGAUGUUUGGGCUAGACGCUUUGUUCCAAAACAGGAUGAACCAAUCUCUAGGUCGCUAUAGCAGCAGCCAACUGCAGCACCAGCCGGAAGACUGACAUGGGAACAACACAACCAGUCUGGUUUACAAGGUGGUGGGUUUGUGCUACUUUAAGCCUUUUUGACUCAAACAGACCUGCAACAGCCAUGCCUAACACAUUGAA